UAAGUAUCAGUCUUUCCUGAAGAAGUAUCUCUCUUGGGAUUGCACUUCGUUCCAUUAUCCUCUAAGUGGAGCAUCAAUUGUGAAACUAUUGUGUGUCAUUUGUGCAUUAUUGCGCAGCUGUGCCAAUACCUAAGUGUGAUUUGACUCUAGUAUACGAUCCUAAGCGGUGGAAAUUGACGUAGUUCACAGUGUUAAAAAAGUGCAAUUUUCUAGAGAUCAUUGAGAUUCAAAGCAUCAGUAAUUCAAAAUUUUGGUGAAAUAUCUGAAACCUUAAAAACAAAUAUACAUAUUUAUAAUAAGUUAAUAAAUAUCAUUGGUUUGUAAAACUUACCCCAACCUUAUUGAUACCAAACCACAUUGUUAAAUCGACCACUGACCGUAGUGACCGUUGUCUCGUUUAAGUGGAGAAUUUCGGAAUAUAAAAUACAAUUUUAACAAUUGAACACAGUUGCUAACUUUUGAUAGUAUAGGUACUCCUAAAGAAUUACGAUUUCUAUAUUCUAGCUUAAAGGUACGGCUCGAAAGAUCGAUUCGAAGCAUUGACUUUGCAAAAUUGAAAACAUUUUAACGAAGGAGCUCUAGAAACGAGUGUAGCGGAAAGUCGCACUCAAGGUUUUCAGUCAUUUUUGCCUUCAACUAUUGCGGUUUUGCGUACAGUAAAUUCGCGUGAUGUCACGUAAAUUUUUCCUCUUCUUUUGUAUCUGCACAUCACUGCAUUUUUCAAAGGAGGAGCCGGACUCAACAAAACUUGAUUGGUGGCAGACAAGUCUUGUGUAUCAGAUUUACCCUUUGUCUUUCAAGGACUCUAACGGAGAUGGUUACGGUGAUCUAAAUGGAAUUUAUGAAAAAUUGGAUUAUAUUAAAGACUUAGGCGUGACCACGAUUUGGAUUCAGCCCUUCUCCAAAUCACCAAUGGUUGAUUUGGGGUAUGAUAUCUCGGAUUUCAAGUCAGUUGAUCCAGUUUUUGGUACUAUUGCUGACUUCAAGGAGUUGGUAAAGGCUGUUAAAAACAGAGGGAUGAAAUUGAUAAUCGACUUCGUUCCAAAUCAUACAAGUGACCAAUCCGAGUGGUUUAAACUUUCUGAGCAACGGAUUGAACCAUAUACAGAUUUUUACAUCUGGAGGGAUGGGAAAAAAGUUAACGAUACUUACACUACAUAUCCAAAUAACUGGAUGAGCAUAUUUGGUACUUCAGCAUGGCUUUGGAGCAAGACAAGACAACAAUACUACUACCAUAAGUGCGCUCCAGAACAGCCAGACUUAAAUUACCGCAAUCCCAAAGUCAUAACAGAAAUUGAGAGUGUGUUGAGAUUCUGGCUGGAUUUAGGUGUGGACGGGUUUCGAGUUGAUGCUGUGCAAAUCCUUUUCGAGGCAGCCCAUGGAAUGGACGAGCCAAAAUCGUCGGAUGUAAACUGGAUAGAUGGAUGGAUUUACACGUGGGAACAGCCUGAAAAUAUCGAGAUGGUGAAGUCUUGGAGAGCGUUGUUGGACGCGUACUCGAAAAAGGACGGACAGACUAGGUUGCUAGCAGUGGAGCUCUACAGCACGCCAACCAAGCUCCUGGAGUACACUGGGAACGCGACAAACCCAGGGGCACAUAUACCAUUUUAUUUCAAUCUGAUCUUCGCUGAUCCUGAAAUGAAUGCGUUUGGUGUGAACACUCUAAUCCAUCAACAGACUGAUAUUUUCCCUAGAAGUGCCAACAAUUGGGUGAUGGACAAUCAUGACAACAAGCGAUUGAGAGCUCGACUGUUCGAUGCGAGCGUAGAUUCGUGGAACAUGCUGGUUCUCUUGCUGCCGGGACUUGCGAGCGUUUACUAUGGCACAGAAAUCGGUCUGGACAACUUAAAAUUACGCUCGGAUCAACGCAAAGAUCGCCAGAACGGCGGCAACGGUCGAAUAGAUCUGCGUGACAUUUAUAGGGGGCCAAUGCAAUGGGACGAUACUGAUAAUGCCGGAUUCUCAACAAGUGACAAAACCUGGUUACCAGUCCAUCCAAACUACUGGCGAGAUAACGUCAAAGCCCAACAACAGGACCCUUACAGCCACCUGAAUAUCUUCAAAAGGCUUGCGGCCUUAAGAAAGACGCCAGUCAUUAUGCACGGUGACCUGAAAACUUACGUGCCCAAAACCUGGGUUUUUAUGUUCACAAGGUCACUGGGAAAAAGUGAAACGAUUGCUGUGUUGAUGAAUGUUGGAUCUGAAUCGGAGGAAAUUUGUCCCAAAGACGCUGCAGAAGAAUUGCCAGACGAAAUGUUCGUCCACACCUGCAGUGGAAAUUCGAAGAUUCGUGUAGGGGAAAAGGUGCGAAUUUCGAGUUCUGGCGGAGUUAAGUGCUUCAAAAUGAGACCACAAUCAGGACUUGUCCUCAGCACCAGUAGUGGUGCUCUCUCUACAGUUUCCGCCACUAUAAUACUCCUUGCGUUUUGCGCAAAAUUUCUGGAAUAGACGUCAUACAAUUUUUGUUACAUUUAUUGAUUUGUAAUUAAUUUAUUUGUCUCUCCUUUUGUACUUUUUUAACUUGUAUUUAUGUAUUCAUUCAUCCAAAAAGUCAAAUAAAUUUUACGGGCUCAUGUUUAUCAAAA